AUGACAAAGAAAAAAUAUUCAACCAAUAAUGUCACACAUUUUUCACCUAUUCAUCAUCAUAUGAAUUUAUUAUAUCAACAAAUAUCUUUAUUCAUGAAUUUAAAACCAACAUUACAAAAUGAAGCAUUUACAGCAUUGCUAUGCCGUACAACUUCACAAAAUCUACAAAUUCUUGGUAAAAAAUCGCAGACACGAUUAUCCUUUGCUAUACGUCGAUCAUUAUGUACUAAAUGUUUAGUUCCAUUACAAUUGUGGGGUAAAUUAAGAGUGAGAAAACGGCAUAUUCAUCUAUCUUGUGCAUUAUGUAACCACCGAUGGAUUAUUUCCUAUCCAGUUAAUAAGUGGCAUGCAAGUUAUUCAGAGUCUGUACUACCAGAUUCUUUGUGCUGUAAUGAAAAUAUUGAAAAAUCCAAUAAUGAAUAA